GUGAAACUGUGUUGCUUUCAAACCUGAGCGCUUGAGCGCCCAGCCUCAAGGCUCAAAUAUUCCAUCUCUCUCAUAUCUUCUUCAGGCGGACGUGGAGAAAUUAUGCACCAGGUUGUCCACUGUCACCUCGAUGCGCCCACAGAAUAGACUGUUGACGGUUCUAAGCAACCACUGGUAAUUGACUGGGACAUGAAUCAGCCGCAGGGAUUUGUAUCGACUCUCGAACUCCACGUAUGGGCAGCUCUUUUAUUAUGCCUUUGCGACGAAGUAGGAGGUCGAUGCACGACCGUACACAUCCCCUGACAGAGUUUCCCAUGAUUCAUCCAUCCGCGAGACACCAUACGACCGCCACUCAUCAUAUCAUCAAAAAGUCAAAUCCUCUCGGAUCCCGAAGGGUCAUUCUCAUACUGGCGAUUCUCACCGUUGCAUCAAGUCCCUUCCCGCGUACAGAAACAACGCGAUACGGGUUACUCACUAACCUACCGUAGCGAUCGCAGAGGUGACCUGUAAGUCAGUUCCCCCGUCUGUUAGAAUGACGAUAGAUAUCGGAGUAGCUACGACUACGGGUACCGAAGCAUGGAAUCUACGGACUUUGGACAAGAUACGAAGCCCCAGGUCGGUAUUGUUUAUUAGUCUUUAUUUUGGAGCGCCCCGGUAUGCAAGUGGCAGGUUUAUAAAUGAACGCGGACUUGGUUGUUUACAUGCUCAGAGUUUGACCUCCCGCACCACGUCAAGAAGCGAUGCGGUCUGCCGCCUUCACGACCUGACACGGGCUGUGAGGGCUGCAAGCGCCACAGAUUGAUUCAAACAUGCCAAAAGCCGGGUAUUAAAUGCAAAAGUAUUUAGCCUCGAAGGCUAUCCCUCCCUUCGUCUCGCUCCCCUCCUGCUCUCUCUCCGUUCCUUCAAUCCCAACUCUCAAUGGUGACAGCUGUUACGAUCUCAACUGACGGUCCCGGGAUGGAUAUGUCGGAAGUUUUUGCGCCCUUCUACUGGGCCUUCGUCAUGUCUAUUUUGCUUGGUGGCAUUACGAUUGUUCAAGCAUAUCUCUACUUCCCCCAGUCCAACGAUCGGCCCUACGUCAAGUAUACUGCGUGGUCUAUGCUUAUUCUUGAUUUUGCCUCCUCAGCGCUUGUAGCACAAUCUUUAUAUUAUUAUCUGGUUCCCCACUUCGGUUCAUUACUCCCGUUGGGCAGCAUAACCCCCGAGUUGUCAGCAGAAUGCAUCCUGUCGACGAUCAUCACCUUCAUUUCACAAAUGUACUUUGUACAUCAGAUCUACGCGUUCAGGAAAAUGGAGAAGUUCGCUUGGCCGUUGACCAUCGUAAUCACCAUCUUGGCCUUCCUUGCUUUCGCUGGUGGUAUAGGAUGUGUCGCAACAAUGUACCUCUUUCACCACGGUGUACUGUCCCACAGAAAUGGCAAGUUUGCGAUUUUCUUCGGAUUAGCGAAGGGGUUUGGAUCUAUCACCGAUGUCGUGGCAACCUCAGCAAUGUGCUUUCUUCUCUCCUCUGCAAAUCCCGGUGUCAGUUCGCAGACUCGUGGCGUAAUCAGAUCUCUUAUUCACUACGUCGUCAACCGCGGGAUCCUCGUCACUCUGAUUCAGACAUUGCUCUUGAUUACCUUCUUUACCAGUCCCACAAAGUUGUAUUGGCUGGCAUUCCACAUCAAUGUCACGAAGUUAUACGCUAAUACUUUCUUUGCCAUGUUAAACGGACGAGAACAGAUUAAGCAGAAACAUAAUAAGGAUAAGUAUUCUGUGAACAGUGGUUUCAAUGCAAGUAGACUCGUCGACCCCUUCAUUCGCGAGCAAAUUCGGGGCGAUCAAAAGUCCUAUGAAAUGCCAACAGUGACGAAGACCGUUCUCAUCAGCGACGUGUAGUACGGAUCUUGCUGAUGGGUGUUUUACUAUAUAUCGACGAAGCAGGACGGGUGUAUCAUCCAACCUCCGAAUUUGAUCGGGAUCCGUAGUAUACUCCUCAGACCGGCAGUUACAUGACGUUGUUAUAUAGAUUGCGCAAGGACCAUAUGCAGAGAGCGACACGAUAACAUCUAUCAAAGCACGGAUUUAGAUAUAUACUGAUAGUUGACUGUUGCAAUCCGGCA